AUGCGCUGUUUGCUCAUCGCGUCCAUUCUUGCUGGUAUUGUAGGCAGUGUUCAAGGUCACCGUGCGCCUGUGACUGCUCGCAAGUCUCUUGGUUUUGGGCCGGUACAUCCUCACGCCGUUUACCGUUCAAAUCCGUAUCAAAUUGCCACCAAUGGCGUUCUUCCUCAGAGUCCAGAUGCAGACCCUUUCGAGGUCGCACGACUCUUCAUAGGCGACAUCCUGGGACCGAAUCAGGACCAAGCCUCAUAUAAGAUUCGCCCAGACUCCUAUACUGACCCUUCGACGGGCGUUACACAUGUAUAUGUUCGUCAAUAUGUACAUGGUAUUGAGGUUGCGGAUGGAAACAUGAAUAUCAAUGUCAAGGAAGGCAAGAUUUUGUCGUAUGGGAACUCGUUCUUUGCAGGCACUCCUCCGUCGCUCAUUGCUGUACCUGACUCGCGGAAUUUUCGCCAUCCUCAACGAGAAUAUUGCCAGGAUCUUUCGGUGGAGCUCGAGACACAAUUCAAUGUUUUUGCAUCGACCCAGAAUGAGCAAGCACCCAUGGACGAUCAGAAAACGUCUAAAUUUGCCGCAUUUGCUGGCCCUUUGACCCAUCUUUACUACUCCAACUGUCAAUUUGACGGAUUAGCUGACGACAUGGCUCUGAAGCGGCCUCAAGCUAUUGAAGACAUUGGGGAUAUGCGACCUGCUCUUCUACAGUUCAUGGUCGCCGCCACUCCUAAAGCACAUGUAGUCAACGACAUCCUUGGUAAUUAUGACGAACACUUGAAUAAGAUGUCCGUUUCUGGUGUCAACCACUUUACCCCCGAGGGCGAACAAACCUAUCUUUUCGUAGACAAUGUCCCAGAUACUGUUAAUCCUGUCAAGGCCAACAUUGCUUAUAUUCAGAUCCCCUCCGAAGAUGGGUCCGUCGAACUUGUGACCGUUUGGAAGUUCGAGGUCGAAAUGCAAGAUAAUUGGUACGAAGCCGCUGUUUCUGCUAUUGCGCCUCAUAGGAUUAUCUCGGUCGUCGAUUGGGCAUCUGAUGCCCCAGUUCCUGUUCCUGAUGCCCCCAAAGAGCCUGCUUCCUACAACGUAUUUGCUUGGGGCGUCAAUGAUCCUUCAGAAGGCAAUCGCACGUUGCAGAAAGAGAAUUUCGACAAUCUUGCUUCUCCCAUUGGUUGGCACUCUUUACCCUUCGCCAAUGACCCUUCGUACAGAGGCGUUAAGCCGAGCAAUGAGUUUUACCGCAACACAUCGACCACCUUCGGUAACAACGUUUUUGCUCAGGAGAACUGGGAAGGUCAGAAUGCCUAUAUCAACAACUACCGCCCCGAUGCUGGUAGUUCCUCGGUAUAUGAUUUCCAAUACAAACCCAAAGUAUCCGAUAGCGACGAAGCAAUGGCUGUCGCCCAUAACUACAUCAAUGCGACUGUCACGCAACUAUUUUACACUUCGAACAUGAUUCACGAUCUGUACUACAGAUACGGUUUCACUGAAGUUGCAGGUAAUUUCCAACAAUACAAUUUCGGUCGUGGGGGUCGCGAGGGGGACGCCGUUAUUGCCAAUGCUCAAGAUGGUUCCGGCUUCAACAACGCCAAUUUCAUGACUCCUCCCGACGGCACCAACGGACGCAUGCGCAUGUACCUUUGGAACACUGCGAACCCUUACCGAGAUGGUGACUUUGAGGCUGGUAUUGUGAUUCACGAAUACAGUCAUGGUCUCAGCACUCGGUUGACUGGUGGACCGUUGAAUUCUGGUUGCUUGGGGUGGGGUGAGAGUGGUGGAAUGGGUGAAGGUUGGGGAGACUUCUUGGCAACUACUAUUCGCAGCACAGCGAACUACAGCGAUUACCCAAUGGGUGCAUGGGCUGCUAACAGACCUAAGGGCAUUCGCAACUAUCCUUAUUCAUUGAAUGAGACUGUCAACCCUUCUACGUAUCAGACUCUUGACAAGCCUGGCUACUGGGGGGUUCACGCCAUUGGUGAAGUCUGGGCGCAGAUCUUGUGGCUAGUUUCCCAAGCACUCAUUGAGGAGCAUGGUUUCUCCGAUACGCUCUAUCCUCCUAUGCCUCUUGAGAACGGGACGGUUCCUGCCAAUGACUUUUAUCGACCUGCUGUUGGUAAGAAACCUUUGGUGCCGAAACACGGUAACACUUUGUCUGUACAGCUUGUCAUCAACGGCAUGAAGCUCCAGCCUUGUCAGCCUUCGUUCUUCGACGCUCGUGAUGCCAUCAUUCUCGCCGAUGAGGAACUCACUGGCGGAGAGAACUUCUGCACUCUAUGGAAGGCGUUCUCCUUAAGAGGUCUUGGAACGGAUGCCAGCGUGCAAGGUCGUACUCCAUGGGGUGGAGGGAUCAGGUUGAACGGCUUUGCCACUCCCACUACUUGCGAGUAA